AUGCACCCCUCUCCACGGCGGGGCUCGCUCAGGAGACACGAGGAGGGGCCUAAGGGACGGGAGAGCGCGAUCGAGUCACUUUUCUUGGAGGGGGUGGAAGGAGAGCUGAACUUGGCGGAAAGAAAGCUAGCUCCCCGAUCCCCCCUACAGUUAGACAUGGGCCGAAACAUCUUACGCGCCAGUCCCCGGGGCUUUCUUUCUUUUUUUUUCAAGGAGGCUGUUGGAGCUCCCUCCCCGGGAUCCACCGGCACCGGGGCAGUAAGAAAGUUUGCCCGGCGCUGUUGGAGAUGCGCACGCACGAAGUUUAUUAAACCUCUUCUCGAACCUCAAUUUCAGCGAACGGUUCCAACAACAACCAGCCCCGCACCUGCCUGCUGCCCCGCGAAGCAGAGGCCGGGCUCACGGAGAGCCGGCCGGCCUGUCUGGGAGCGGCGGGCCUGGGCGAUCUGGGGGCUAGUGUCUGGGCCCCAGCUCCCACUCGCGCGCCCCGCGCCCCGAGGCCCGCGCCGGCCUCGCGGCUUCUCUCCCGUGAAUGCAGCCGGGCCCCGGGGCCGAGCCCGAGUGGGUGGAGGAUCGAAGGGGUGGCCGCUGAGCCCGGCGCGCCGAGGUCCCCGCGGGAGCGCCCCGCCCGCGCCCGGGGCCCUGCGUGCGGCCGCGGGCGCCCGGCCUCGCGCGCCCUCGCAGCCAGUCUGCGUCCGCCCCCGGCCCGAGGGGCUUUGUGUGCCCGGCCGGGCGCACCUUCGCGAGCGGUCGGAAAGCCUCGAGCGCCAUCUAACGGGAGCGGCCGCAGCUGAGGCCGAGCGGAGGUGGGGACUGGCCGCGCGGCCCCGGGCGGGCACUCCCCGCCUCCUCCCUCGCCGGCCGGACGCCACCUCCGGCGCGCGCACCGCACACUCGCUCGGCAAUCCGGAGCCCCGCGAAGCCCACUUCCCGGGGGCGGGGGCCGGGGGUGCAGCGGCCGUCUGCGGUCUCGGGACCGUCCCCUGCGCCAUGUCCUCCCUCUGUGCGCCCCAGGCCACACGAGGCGGAAGAUCGUCUCGCACCUGCCUGAUAGGGCCCUGCCCUUCGCGCGUUCUCAUUCUCCUUUUGGCCAGCGAUGGAAAGUACCAAGGAGUCCCCGGAGGGAGCACCAGGUUCCGGAAAGAAACAGCCACAUAA